CAAAAGCAGAGCACGAAGCACGGACCCGUCCGCCGUCCUUUGUAAUUUCUCACUCCACCGGGCCAUAUCGCCCAUGGCGCACCGCGAAACCAAAAUCUCGCAAUCCUAACCAAACCCAGCGCCGGCAGCGACCUAGCGCCGUCGUCGCUCGAUCCCGCCCCGUCGCGCCGGGGCCCCCAGAGGGUCGCAGGCCAUCGCGAGCAGCUGGGGGUUCCGCUCCGACCCGAAUCCGAGCCUCCCGCAGGACGCUGCGGGGUCUCCUUUCCGGACUCGUAGCAGGAAGUUUCGCGCGAGGGAUUGAUUGAUUCCGGAGCUAGAGAUGUACGGGCAGGGAGGGGGCUUCAAUCCACACUAUCGCCCUGGCGCGCCGCCGCCGCCCCAGCAGCAAGCUGGGGUGCCUGGGUCCUUUCCCCAGCAACCUGUGCCACCGCCGCCUGCACCAUACCCACAGCACCCUGGAUUGCGGCCUCGGCCUCCGCCUGGGCCGUACCAGCAUGGCGUGCUGCCACCGCAGAACCAACCAUACCCAUUUGGGCAGCAUGGUCAGAUGCACCAGAUGCCAAUGCUGCCACAGCAGAGAGGUUAUGCGCCGGUGCCAAUGCCAGGGAUGCUGCCUCCGCAACAAGCUAUGCAUCAGGCCCCUCCACAGUAUCCGCCCCUCCCUCCACCGCCACCUCGACCUGCUGCCCCACCGCCUUCUCCUCCUCCUCCCCCUCCUCCUCCUCUUCCUCCUCCACCACCACCACCACCAGCAUCACAGUCUCCUCCUCAUGCACCUGUUGCUGCACAGUCAUGGGACACUGAAGCCGUAGCAAAAGAAGGCGCUUCUGAUGGUGGUCGUUUUGCAAAAACUCUGGAACCAGCUACUCAGCUAAUUGUUUCUGAUGACUCAGAUAUGGAUAUGGAUGGGGAUGACGACUCUCCAUCAAGGCAGCCCCUUACCCCAGAGAAUUCUUCGCUCGUGACUGCUGAAUGUACUGAAAAUGUUGAUGUGUCGAAGUCUAUCAGUGAUGUUUCAAGCCCUGGCAAGGAUUUGCCACCUGGUAGUGGUGAGAAUGCUAAAACUGUGCAUGCAACUGAGGAUGGUGGGAGCGCAUUCCGACUAAUACAAGGUUAUGCCUCCGAUGACAGUGCAAAUGAGGCCGAUGCUGGUCCUCAGGAUACCAGCACCCUCGUGAUAUUGCAUGAAGAUAACAUGCACAGUCAUUCAAGUGAUCCACAUACUGAGGUCGAUUAUCAGAAACAUGUUGAUGCAAAAGGAAAUGUGAGUACCCCUCAUGGCACUGAGCAAAAUGGUAAGGCUGAAAAUUAUCAUCUGAAGGAUGAGAGCAACCCAGUGAAGCAUGGCACAGAUGUGCUUGGGCAUCUGGCCAAAGAAGAUACAAGUGAUAGUGAAUUUGAGGGAAGUCAAAGUAGUGAAAGGCAUGGGAGGAGACAAAAGAAACGAACCCGGAGCAAGUCACCUCUGGGUAGAAGUGGUAGUCCAGUGGGGGCAAACAAGUGCAGCCCAUCCCAAAGUUGCUCACCUGGAAAGCAGAGCAGGCCACCAUUUGCUAAGCGGGUUCAUCCUGCUGGUGAUGGCAAUGAUUCAGGAGGUAAAGUUGCUCAGCAAGAGGGCCUGGCAUUGACAUCAAAAUUGGAUAGUUCUUCUAAUGAUUUAAUUGGCAAAGUGGGAGAUAAUGGUGCGUUUGAUGUUGCCCUUGGGCAGCAUUGUCACAGUGACAAUUUAAUUUCUGAGCAUUCACAACCAGUGGCUGCUUCUGCUGGUACUCAUAAGAUGCAAGAAUCUCGAUCGGACUUAAAUGUGUCUUCAUCAGCAGGUGACCCAAUUCUUAUGAGCCAACCUGCAUCAGGUGUCUCGUAUAUGUCUGUACAAACUACCAAGAGCUCCAUGGCAUCUGAUCCUCUCCAGUCUCAUCCUCAGAGUUUGUGUCCUCCUGAACACAUGUCAUCCUCAAAUAUGAUUCAGCCACCAGGACAACCAACAUUUACAACAUCAGAAUUCCCUCAAAUGCAGUUCCAGCAUAAAGUUAUUGCACCAGCAAAUGAGUUCCUGCAGAACCAGAUGAGAAGCUACCCUCCACAAGAUGUGUCUCAUCCCAGACCAUUCAAUUUCCAUCAUCAUACUCUCCCACCAGCAAUUCCUUCUAACCAGCAGCCUUCUGGUGUAGGUCUAUCUUAUUCAUCUCAUCAGCCUCCAUAUGGUCAGCACCAACCUCCUGGGAAUCUGGAUUCAGGAAGUAACUUGGUUUAUCCCUCUUUCCAGAGAUUUCCAUCAAAUGUACCAGGAAGUAACAAUCUUGGUCCCCUAUCUGAUGUUGAUUUGACUAAAUCGUCUAUCAAACCCCACUACAAUCCAUUUGCAUCAACCUUUGAUAAAACAGAUCCAAGUCUAGAUAUUGGGGAUCCUGUAAGCCCUAAUGCAAUUGGUUCUGUUUCCACAACAGAACACAUGAAUACAGUGUCCCCUUUUGGUCGAUCCAGAACACAUGCCCAUGAAAGUUCUGCAGAACCUGUGCCCAUUAAACAAAAGUUAUUCCGUCAGGAGUUUGCUUCUGGUGCUCCAUAUGAUCCAUUGCUUGACAGUAUUGAACCAUCGAGCAGUUCAAUCAACAAGGUAGAUCUUCGUAAAGAGAAGAACUGGAGUGCUGCUGAUAGUCGUGAUGCAUCAAAACUUAUGAACCUAGAAGUGGACAGUGAAAAUAUGUAUGGACUGGGGGUUGUUGCUGAGUCAGAAGUUGAGGGACUUGGAGAGGUGGCAGCAGAUACUGAGGCAGGUGUGGUGGAGAAUGCAAGUCCUGAAUUUUUGGGUGCUAAAGACUGGAACUCAGAUAUCCCUGGUGAUGCUGACAAUGACCAAACAUUGGACACAAAUAAGAAGGGUAAAGACUCCAGGUCAAUGAAACUUUUUAAGAUUGCUAUUGCCGAUUUUGUUAAGGAAGUUCUUAAGCCAUCAUGGAGGCAAGGUAACAUGAGCAAAGAGGCUUUCAAAACUAUUGUCAGGAAAACAGUUGAUAAGGUUUCUAAUUCAGUCCCUAGCAGUCAUAUUCCGAAAACACCUGCCAGGAUUAAACAUUAUGUACAAUCCUCUCAAAAGAAGGUGACCAAAUUAGUAAUGGGGUAUGUCGACAAGUAUGUGAAGCCGUAGACUAAUGGGGCAUUGUGCUGAGCCAAUCAGAACUGUUAAGGUUCAGAGUCUGUGCUGCAUUCUACUAAAGAGGCUGCAAAUUGGGCAAAUCUUUCUGCAUUCUACUGAGAGAUUCAUUGAGGCUGCUGAUAGAAAUCCUCAUGUGCCGGAGUCCAGGACCCAUCAAAACUCGAGGGCUUUAGUGUCUGCUUUUGUAAGAACUCAUAAACUGAAACAGAACUUAAGGACUCCUCAGUUUACCUGCACCAAGCCUUGUCUGUGCAUUUGGUGUUGUUCCCAAGACGCUGCAGCCUGACGAGCACCUCUGUAAAAACCUUGGCUUGGCUCCUCCGGUAAAGAGGAAAAGGCUGAAAUUUAAGAUGAGGGUAAUGUUUGCGUUGCUUCGCUUCAUGUACAGCACACCAUAGACUGUAGUAAACAUUUACUAUUUUUCUUCUCAAAGGGUCAUUACCAGACAAUCCGGAUGGAUUCUUUUUUACUAGAAUUGAUUACUGGGACGUCAAUUGGUGUGCUAGCUUUUAGGGUUAAGGAUUCUUUGAAAAGUGCCGUGAUCCUGCGAGUCGAUUAAUGGAUCGUAACGAGCUGUGAGGUAUGAUGCACUCGUGCUACCAGCAAGUGACCUGGCAUACGCGCUGGAAUUUUUCUGUA